AGCCGGCAAGCGUUCCGACUGGCCGGGCGGUGGGGAAGUUGUAGUUGUCAAUGCUGAGAUAGAAGGAAAGCUGAGAGGUGCGGAAGAUUGCUACCACGACGAUUUCCCCAAAAACGGCUGGGGCUGGAAAGACGGGCUAGAUUCAAGAAGGCGUCUUAUUUGGUGUCAGGCGGGGAGGGGGAAGGUGGGAUGUGGGAAGCGUUGAAGAUGCGGCGUAGGUGCAAGUCCUUAUUUGAACAUGGCCGACAGGGGGUGUGGAUGAUGAGGAGGGGGGGAGGAACACUGAGGGUGGGAAAGUGUUGUCGUUUUGGUGCCCCUCCAUGAUGACGGGGUGCGGCGCAGGUGUGCAGGCUAGAGGUAAUUUGUAUCCCCACUCGACGGGCUGCUGUGCACGCGUGUGUUUAUCCCGGGCUGGGCUGGGCUCUCUCCCAUUCCCGCCUUGCCGUUCUACCUACCUUACGGAUACAAGAUACAUUGGAUGCUACCACUCCGUACGAACCUGGGAGAUACCAAGACACCUCAGCCGGAAAGCAGGCACGCAGGAAGGGCCUUCCUGGUCUUGUCAUCCAGCCAGCCAGCUCAGUGCUCCAGCUGCCCCGGGCGUUCGAUGGCUCUUUCCAGGAUUGCCUGUUCGGUGCCCUCCGCCGUCGCCAUUCAGGGCAGGAACACAGCUUCACAGUCAGUGCCCUGUGGUCACCGAGGUGACACCGUUCCCAAGACGCAACUCUCUGAUGUUGGAUUCAAAGUUUGAGGGCACGGGAAGAUCCUUCUCGCAGCUUAUCACAACAAAACCUGCCGCUCUGGGCCCCGACGACCGAACUAUAGCCUCCCAGCCUCACAUAUUCCUCCCCGUCUUGUUCGGCCAACCGACUGGCUGUCUGUGGGAGACCACCAAGGCCAUUGCAUUGCAUUGCCGUCUUCCAACUUCCAACAACAAACAAACCUCGCCAGGUUUCCCUCUCCACCUGCAGCCAUGCAGCCCAUGUGUUGUUCACCUACGAAUACGCACGCCUCCUUUCUUUCUAUUUACGAAUGCUCCCGUCUGUCGCACUGAAUGUCUGUUCAGGAAAACAGAAAUACAAUAAAAAGACACAAUUCAUUACUCAACGUUUCGGAAUGGAUGGUGGCGAUGACUCGAUCCGAGAUGCAGCAUUUCCACACUUUCUUUCACCCUUGCUGCUCGCCCUCGCCGACCUGCAUACGAAUGAUGGCAAGAUGGCCAUGCCCACAGCGCAUCUUGCAGAUGGAGCCCUUUAGCCCCCCUCCCAAUGUCCAAGGUCAAAGUCUAAGAAACGUUCGAGCGUGCGGACGGCCCAAGGCCAAAGUGCAUCGGCAUCGACCUGUAUCCACUUUCCACCCGGUUCUCACCUCCGGUCUACCUAGCUUGAUACCUUCUUGCAUAUGCUAGGAACCUGUUUAGGGCAACUGACGCUGUCGAUUCGACCGUCCACCUGCGAUGAGGCCUGGCACGGUACCACGA